AUAAACUAAUGUAAAUAUAGUACAUAUGAACAGUUAGUAUGUACAAGAAAUAUACAACAACGUUAUCAUACGUUCACACACAAUAUUAUUAAUAAUAAUCAUAAAAUCACAAAAUACAGAAAACACAAAAAUAAUAACAGCAUUUAGAUAUUUUAGUUUAAAACAUAGUCAAUAUUCAAUCAGUGUAACAACGAAUAAGUUGAUAUUUUUCUAAUAAAGCGGCUCUAGUCUUCAAAAAAAAAAAAAAUAAUAAUAAUAAUAAAAAACAAAUAAAAAAUUAAUUAAAAAACAAACCAAAAUAAAUAAUAAAACAAAUUAUAUUCAAAACAUUAGCGUAUUAACUGCUGUUUUAACAAAAUGUCGUAUGAACAGUGUUACUUAAACAAACAAUAUUAAAAACAAACUAAAAAAAUAUAAUAAAAAAAAUUACUAAAUCAAUUUUUAAACAAUAUGCUAUGGAGUUAAACAUAAUUGAUUUAACUACUACACCAUCAAUUACAACAACAACAAAUUCUUUAGUGAUUAAUAAUACUUUAAUUAAUGUCGAUCCCAUCGUUGCUGUUGCGGAUUUAUGUUGGGGCACCAUUCUAUGGGCCUUUACCAAUGUUAUUCUAUUAAUUUGCAUUUUAGGCGGUAAUGCUUUAACAAUUAUAGCUGUACGUUCCUGUCGCCGUUUACGUUGCCUUAUAUCGAAUAUGUUUAUUUGUUCUUUGGCCGUUUCGGAUUUUAUUGUCGGUUUAAGUUUGCCCUAUCAUUUGGCUUUUUAUUUGGGCUCCAAUUGGGGCCGUGUACAUGAAUUAUGUCUUAUACGUUUCUUUUUGAUUAUAUUCGCCUGUUGUGUAUCUAUUCUAACGCUGAUAGCAAUAUCGAUUGAUCGUUAUAUUGCAAUCGUUUAUCCACUACAUUAUAGAAGAUAUAUGACACGACGAGUGGCCAUAUUUAUAAUAGCCUUCAAUUGGUCUAUAGGUGCUACGGUAGCAAUAGUACCUAUGUUUUGGAAUAACUGGAAUACAGCCUUUCAAUGUGAAUUCGAUGAGGUAUUGCCACCUUGGUAUAUGGCCGGUAUUAUAACGCCAGGAUUUACAAUCAUAUGGAUGUUAAUGUUAUUUAUGUACUGGCGCAUAAUGAAAGAAGCCUCAAAACAAGCUAAACAAUUGAAAAAUCCCAGAGGAAAAAGGACAUCAAAUUAUUUGCAACCAGAUUGGAAAUCUGUACAGGUUGUGGUUUUUAUUAUGGGCUGUUUUUCAAUCUGCUGGCUGCCCUAUUUCAUAGUCGCCUGCUCUCAAAUCUUUAAAAUCUACAAUAUAACACCUUUACUAUAUAAAGCAACAUUUUCAUUAGCCAUGACCAAUUCAGCCCUUAAUCCUGUUAUAUAUGCAUGGAAAAAUUCAAAUUUUCGUAAAGCUUUUCUACGUCUCUUGCAUUGUAAAUCUCCUAAUUGUUAUCAGACAUCACCAGAGUUUAGUAAAGACUCGCCGAUGUCACAGAAACGUUAUUCCAGAAAUGAUUCGCCAAUAGCAAAUAAAAGAUGUUCCAUAUCAAGUGCUGAUAUACCUAUAAAUCAUAAUAAUGUGGAUGAGUGUGCGAUUAGUGGUGCUGAUGUUGAAGUGUGUGUGAUUAAUACGAGUACGUUGCAAAUCAAAACAGAACGUUUACCUAAAAUCUAUACAGUUUCGAUGUCAACAACAUCGGAUUGUUUAUCUUUGCAUUGAAUAUAAAUAAAAACAAAAAUGCAUACAAAUAAAGUGAGAAUGCCGUGGAUGAGAGAGUAAAGAGAAAUUAAAGUUUUUUUAAUAAUGACGUAGCAAUGUAAUAAAUGUUGUUUUUGUAUUGAAAAGAACAAAUAAUUUUUCACAUGGGUCAAGAAAUCGAUGGAUUUGUAAUUUUAAUUAUGGGAGUUAAAACUUGUUAGUCUGUAAUUUAUACUCUGAACCAUUGUCAAUACUAGU